AUGGAUCAGAAGGCGGGCGGACACACCAAAUACAAGGACAACGAGCUGGAGGGCGGGCACACCACAUACAAGGACAGCGGGCGGGCACACUCAAACACAGGGACAGGGGACAGGCACACCAAACACAAGGACAGGCGGGCGGGCACACCACAUACAAAGACAGCGGACGGACACACCAAACAUGAGGAUGGCAGACCACAUACAAGGACGGGAACACCAAACACAAAGACAGCGGACGGACACACCAAACAUGAGGAUGGCAGACAGGCACACCACAUACAAGGACAGGGGACAGGUACACCAAACACAGGGACAGGGGACAGGCAGACCACAUACAAGGACAGCGGGCGGGCACACCAAACACAGGGACAGGGAACAGGCACACCAAACACAGGGACAGGGGACAGGCACACCAAACACAGGGACAGGGGACAGGUACACCAAACACAAGGACAGGGGGCAGGCACACCAAACACAGGGACAGGGGACAGGCACACCAAACACAGGGACAGGGGACAGGCACACCACAUACAAGGACAGGGGGCAGGCACACCACAUACAAGGACAGGGGACAGGUACACCAAACACAGGGACAGGGGACAGGCAGACCACAUACAAGGACAGCGGGCGGGCACACCAAACACAGGGACAGGGGACAGGCACACCAAACACAAGGACAGGGGACAGGCACACCACAUACAAGGACAGCGGGCGGGCACACCAAACACAGGGACAGGGGACAGGCACACCAAACACAGGGACAGCGGGCGGGCACACCAAACACAGGGACAGAGGACAGGCACACCAAACACAGGGACAGGGGACAGGCACACCAAACACAGGGACAGGGGACAGGUACACCAAACACAAGGACAGGGGGCAGGCACACCAAACACAGGGACAGGGGACAGGCACACCAAACACAAGGACAGGGGACAGGCACACCACAUACAAGGGCAGCGGGCGGGCACACCACAUACAAGGACAGGGGACAGGUACACCAAACACAAGGACAGGGGGCAGGCACACCAAACACAGGGACAGGGGACAGACACACCAAACACAGGGACAGGGGACAGGCACACCAAACACAAGGACAGGGGGCAGGCACACCACAUACAAGGACAGGGGACAGGUACACCAAACACAGGGACAGGGGACAGGCACACCAAACACAAGGACAGGGGACAGGUACACCAAACACAAGGACAGGGGACAGGCACACCACAUACAAGGACAGCGGGCGGGCACACCAAACACAGGGACAGGGGACAGGCACACCAAACACAGGGACAGGGGACAGGCACACCAAACACAGAGACAGGGGACAGGCACACCACAUACAAGGGACAGAGGAUUGGCGGGCACACCAAACACAGGGACAGGGGACAGGCAGACCACAUACAAGGACAGCGGGCGGGCACACCAAACACAGGGGCAGGGGACAGGCACACCAAACACAGGGACAGCGGGCGGGCGCACCAAACACAGGGACAGAGGACAGGCACACCAAACACAGGGACGAGGACAGGCACACCAAACACAGGGACAGGGGACAGGCACACCACAUACAAGGACAGCGGGCGGGCACACCAAACACAGGGACAGGGGACAGGCACACCAAACACAAGGACAGGGGACAGGCACACCACAUACAAGGACAGCGGGCGGGCACACCAAACACAGGGACAGGGGACAGGCACACCAAACACAGGGACAGGUGACAGGCACACCAAACACAGGGACAGGGGACAGGCACACCACAUACAAGGGACAGAGGGUGGGCGGGCACACGAAUAA